GUAGGUGCUCUCAGGCACAGUAGCAGCUGCAGGGCAUUUUUUUUUUUUCCCAGCCUGGACCAGCCCACCAGUCAGUACACUGGGAGAAAAGUAGGUUACUCGUGCUUUUUGGAGUGUCAUCUGAUCCUGCGUCCAUCAUAACCAAAGCCCCUCUGUAACGUGUCAGGGGGAAAUGUCAGACCCAACAGAGGAACUCACCAACAAGUCCUUCGCGGCCCGGUUGUCCAAUGUUUACCUCAGCAUCUUGGCACUGUUCUGCUUUAAGCUCCUUAUUAAGAUUUCUCUUAACUUGCUGACAUACUUCUACAUUAUCCGUGGAAACCGUAAAGAGGCUGCCAGGAUAUCAGCAGAGUUCUAUGAAUAUGGUCAACACAGGUCCUGGGCGGACCGCUCACCCCUCCACGAUGCUGCGAGUCAGGGCCGUCUCUUGGCUCUGAAGAGCCUCAUUUCACAGGGUCACAGUGUGAAUGUUCGGACUAUAGACCAUGUGACACCCCUUCAUGAGGCCUGUGAUGGAGACCAUGUCGCUUGUGCCAGAGCUCUCAUUGAUGCAGGAGCAAAUGUCAAUGCUUUUACAAUUGAUGGAGUCACCCCUCUGUUCAACGCCUGUACAGUGGGGAGUGUGGCAUGCACAGAAAUUCUUUUGGAAAAUGGAGCAAAACCCCAAAGCCUUGUAUACCAUCCAUCACCAAUCCAUGAAGCUACAUGCAAAGGUCAUUACGGUUGUGUGGAGGCUCUGGUGACUUGGGGGGCAGAUGUGGACAUGGACAUUCCUCACCUGGGCACAGCGCUCUAUACAGCCUGCGUCUGCCAAGAGCUGGAGUGUGCCAGGAAACUCCUGAGGGAAGGUGCAAAUGUACAGAAAGGCAAAUCCAUGGAUUCACCCUUACAUGCAGCUGCAGAAAAAGACUGCACAGCUUUAGUGAAGCUGUUGCUGGACUUUGGUGCGGACAUUAAUACCAGGAACCAAGAGCUUCAGAGGCCUGUAGAUGUGGCUCCACCCAGCAGUCUAACAGAGGGUUUCCUACUGAUAUAUGAAGCUACACCACGACUGCUGAGCCAGCUGUGUCGUCAGUGCAUCAGGAACUGCGUCGACCGUGACAGACUCCACCUUCUUUCCCACCUGCCCCUGCCCAUCAGGCUAAGGAACUACCUGCAGUACCAAUAACAGGCAGAACAACCAAACUGCCUGCCUAAAUGGGACAUAGAGAAAUAAUUCAAUUUUAUUUAUCAAAUCAUAACAAUAGUUAUCU